AUGGGAUGCAAAUGGCUCUCCUUGCACAUGGGCUCUUUCGAGAAUGAAGAGAAGCUCGUUGGCUAUACCCCGGUGCCUGGUUGCGACAGCGACCACUGGGGCCCCCACUGCAGCAACCGGUGCCAGUGCCAGAACGGCGCCCUGUGCAACCCCAUCACUGGAGCCUGCGUGUGCGCCGCUGGCUUCCGCGGCUGGCGCUGCGAGGAGCUCUGCGCGCCCGGCACCCAUGGCAAGGGCUGCCAGCUGCCGUGCCAGUGCCACCACGGUGCCAGCUGCGACCCCCGCACCGGCGAGUGUCUCUGCGCGCCCGGCUACAGCGGCGUCUACUGCGAGGAACUGUGUCCACCUGGGAGCCACGGGGCUCACUGUGAGCUGCGCUGCCCCUGCCAGAAUGGGGGUACCUGCCACCACAUCACCGGUGAAUGUGCCUGCCACCCGGGCUGGACGGCAGGGCCCCGGAUGGCCUCUGAGGCAGUUGGGACAGCGAAGUUUGGCUCCCUCUCGCAGAAGCUGCAGAGCACGGCUCUUGUGGGAGAUCACUGCGAGUCGGAUCCCACACCACACCACACCACACCACACCACACCACACCACACCACGCCACGCCACGGAUCAAAGAGAAGCAAAGGAGCGCUGAUGGUGCGGUGGUUAAAGUGCUCAACCACUACCGGAACCCAGCAGCCACUGCGAGGGAGCAGGAUGUGGCAGUGUACUUCCACAAGGUGACAGUGUGCCAAGAGGAGUGCCGCUUCGGGACCUUCGGCUUCCAGUGCUCGCAGCACUGUGACUGCCACAACGGCGGGCAGUGCUCCCCCACCUCGGGGGCCUGCGAGUGUGCGGCUGGCUACAAGGGCCCCCACUGCCAAGAGCGACUAUGCCCGGAAGGCCUGCACGGCACAGGCUGCACCCUGCCUUGCCUCUGUGAUGCUGACAACACCAUCAGCUGCCACCCGGUCACGGGAGCUUGCACCUGCCAGCCGGGCUGGGCUGGCCACCACUGCAAUGAGACCUGUCCUGCUGGCUACUAUGGUGACGGCUGCCAGCUGCCCUGUACCUGUCAGAACGGCGCCGACUGCCACAGCAUCACCGGGGGCUGCACUUGUGCCCCAGGCUUCAUGGGAGAGGUCUGCGAGGUGUCCUGUGCGGCAGGGACCUACGGCCCCAACUGCUCCUCCGUCUGCAGCUGCAGCAACGGUGGCACCUGCUCCCCCGUGGAUGGCUCCUGCACCUGCAAGGAAGGGUGGCAGGGCCUGGACUGCGCCCUGCCGUGUCCCAGUGGGACAUGGGGUCUGAACUGCAACGAGAGCUGCACCUGUGCCAACGGCGCAUCCUGCAGCCCCGCGGACGGCUCCUGCUCCUGCACCCCCGGCUGGCUGGGGGGCACCUGUGAGCUGUCCUGCCCGGAUGGCACCUUUGGGCUGAACUGCAGGGAGCGCUGUGACUGCAGCCACGCUGAUGGCUGUGAUCCCAUCACUGGCCACUGCUGCUGCCUGGCCGGAUGGACAGGCGUCCGCUGUGACAGCACCUGUCCACCUGGCCACUGGGGCCCCAACUGCUCCAUCUCCUGCAGCUGUGAGAACGGCGGCUCCUGCGCCCCGGAGGACGGGAGCUGCGAGUGCGCCCCUGGCUUCCGGGGACCCCUCUGCCAGAGAAUCUGCCCCCCUGGGUCCUAUGGCCAGGGCUGUGCCCAGCCAUGCCCCCUCUGCGUGCACAGCAGCGGGUCCUGCCACCAUGUCAGCGGCGUCUGUGAGUGCCUCCCUGGAUUCUUCGGAGCCCUCUGCAACCAGGUGUGCGCUGGAGGGCACUUUGGGCAGGACUGUGCUCAGCUCUGCUCCUGUGCCAACAACGGGACCUGCAGCCCCAUCGACGGCUCCUGCCAGUGCCUCCCAGGAUGGAUCGGCGCGGACUGCUCACAGAGCUGCCCCACCGGGUUCUGGGGCCCCGCCUGCUUCCACACCUGCGGCUGCCACAAUGGGGCGCACUGCGGCGCGGAGGACGGGGCCUGCCACUGCACCCCUGGCUGGACUGGACUCUUCUGCACGCAGCGCUGCCCAGCAGCGUUCUAUGGGAAGGACUGUGGGCGCGUGUGCCACUGUCAGAACGGCGCCAGCUGCGACCACAUCAGUGGCAAAUGCACCUGCCGCACGGGCUUCACCGGGCGCCACUGCGAGCAGAGAUGUGCCCCUGGAACCUUUGGCUAUGGGUGUCAGCAACUAUGCGAGUGCAUGAACAAUGCUACAUGCGACCAUGUCACAGGCACCUGUUAUUGCAGUCCUGGAUUCAAAGGCAUCAGGUGUGACCAAGCUGCCCUCAUGAUGGAGGAGCUGAAUCCCUACACCAAGAUCAGCCCAGCGCUGGGGGCAGAGCGGCACUCAGUGGGUGCUGUCACAGGCAUCAUUCUCCUGCUCUUCCUCAUCAUGGUGCUGCUGGGCCUCUUUGCUUGGUGCCGGCGGCGGCGGCAGCAACAAAAGGAGAAGGGCCGAGACCUGACCCCACGUGUCUCCUACACCCCAGCCAUGAGGAUGACCACCACUGACUACUCCCUCUCAGAUUUGUCUCAAAGUAGCAGCCAUGCCCAGUGCUUUUCCAAUUCCAGCUACCACGCACUGGCGUGCGGGGGGCCUGCCACCAGCCAGGCCAGCACUCUGGACAGGAACAGCCCCACCAAGCUCAGUAACAAGGCCCUUGACAGAGACACAGCAGGCUGGACCCCCUACAGCUUUGCGAACGUGUUAGACUCCCAUUUCCAGAUCAGUGCCCUGGAGGCCAGGUACCCGCCCGAGGACUUCUACAUUGAACUUAGACACCUCAGCCGUCCAGCUGAGCCACACUCACCAGGGGCUUCUGGAAUGGACAGACGUCAGAACACAUACAUUAUGGACCAAGGAUUCAAAGAUUACAUGAAAGAAUCCGUGUGCAGUUCUAGCACUUGUUCCUUGAAUAGCAGCGAAAACCCGUACGCUACAAUUAAGGACCCGCCCAUCCUCACCUGCAAGCGUCCCGAAAGCAGCUAUGGAGAGAUGAAGUCGCCUGAGCACAGGGCGUCUCCGUACACGGAUGUGCCACCCUUGUCGCCGUCUAAUAAAAAUAUAUAUGAAGUCGAACCCACAGUCAAUGUGGUCCAGGAAAGCCGUGGUCGUAACUCCAGCUAUAUCCAGACUCCAUACAACCUACCUAAGAACAGCCAUAUUCCUGGUCAUUAUGACCUCCUCCCAGUAAGACAGAGCCCUGCCAAAGGGCCUUCCCAGGACACGCAGUCUUGAGAGAAAAAUCUUCCUUUCGCAAUGCACUCUGCUGCUGAUUCUCUGACUCUGAAAGAAGACGAGCCUCUGAGUUGCAGUAACGGUAGACUCCAGCAGCACGUAAGUUAUUAUUUUCACCUGGAACUAAAGAAGAAUUCCUGAGUGGGUCGGACUGGGGCAACUGUUCACAGAUGUCUGUCUGCAAAGGCAAACCCUAUCACCGACCAACCCCACCCUCCAGAUGACCAGGAUUAUAUGAUCUCUAAAGCUUUGAAGAUGCAGCUACUCAUCCACAUCCAUAUAUACACACAGGGGGCUGGGGAAGGGAGAGCAUUGCUUUAAAGCAUCUGAAAUGUGUAUGUACUUCUGGUUGCUAUGUAAUCACCUAAAAUAAUUAGUACACAGGCCAUUACUUAAAGAGCCUUUACAUAUAUGUUCGGGCCAUCAAAUUAUAAUGACCAAUAUCAGUGUUCGGUAUAUAGUCUGACACUGACAAUUUCAAUUUUAAAGAAUACUUUCAUAAGUGGACAUUUUUCUCCCUUUUCCCAUUUUAGUACUAGGCUGGGGUGGGGGGGGGGUUGCUUCCACAGCAACAGCCUCUUUCCAUCUACAAUAAUUUCUAGGCCAGUUUUACUAAAUCUUGCCAAUUCAAAGAUCAACAACAUCCUAAAUCAGUCCUGGUCUUGUCUGAUCUCUUUAGUCUAUCCAACUCCUGGGUCAUUCCAUGUGAAAUAAGGCUCUGAGAUGAUGCUUUAAAAGAAGCAGGCUCAGAUUGAGAAGAAUUAAAUAUCAGACAGCUACUUGGCCACCCCAAUUUAUUUGGUUGGCAUUUCUUGACUUAGAAGAGUACUUACUUUCUUUCAAGCAGUUCUUCAAACAUCUGGAGCUUGAUGUUGUACGGAACUUAGAAGUGCAGAGGAGAGUUUGAGUUGUUUAAAGUAAGUUAUGCUUUUGCGUAGAAUGAAAUGACAAUAUCAAAGAGAGAAUGGCCUGUCACCAGUUGUGGUAAGACUAGUGAACAGCAGCAAAGGAAAUCAAGUGCUUCUACCGUGUACUAUGAUAAAACAAUGUAUUAAAAUGAGUUAAUUCUCCA